UGCUCAGUCCUAGGCAGCAUUGCUGUUCAGGUUGGCACUACAGAUGCUUUAGCCUUUUUUUUGCCUGGAGUUGUUAGUCAAAUUGGCAAAGUUUUGCAUAUGUCGAAAACAUUCAUUAGUGGGGCUGCUGGGAAUGCAGAAGCUUUGGACCAAGCGAUUAGAAGCUUGGCAGAAUUUCUUAUGAUAGUUCUCGAUGACAAUUCUAACUUGCCUUUUCUUGAUCCGUCCCUUGAUGAUGUCAAGAAAGAGAAAUCACCAGUGGCGUUUCUGGAAGCACUUCGUCAUUUGCUCUCUACUAUGCAUGAUCAAAAUUUGAGUGAGGCUGUUGACAGAGGCACCCUUGUACUUAGCUCUACAGAGAGGGAAAGUGUCAGUCCUAGAAACGUGAAUGGAUCUUUGCGUGUAAUUCGUACAAAAGACUGGAUUGUUGAUACCUCGUCGCAUGUUGAUAAGCUGUUAUGCGCAACUUAUCCCCAUCUUUGCAUGCAUCCAAGCAGAAAAGUAAGACAAGGACUCUUGGCGGCAAUACAGGGACUCUUAUUAAAAACCAGUUGUGUGUUGAAGGGAAGCAGAUUGAUACUUUUGGUGAGGUCCAAACUGGAACUUAUAUCCUAUAAUAUUUGUAUAUCUAAUAGUUAA